AUGGCUCGUCACACUUCUCUCGACUCUGAACGACCCAUCAUGACUUCGAACCGAGCCUCGAAGCGAUUUUCCACCAUCAGUGGUAGCCCAUCGGUUGCUACAUCUGAUCUUUCCAACCCAGAUCCCAGAAUCGCCGAUAUUGGCCACCUCCGUGAUGGCAUUGAGCGCCUAGAGAACAAGCCCCUCCAGGCACAACGCUUUGAGCCCACUGAGGAGAAGUCAGACACCCUGAACAAGCUGGCCCUCGGUGCUAAAGUGGAACGUGCUUUGGGCCGACGAAUGACCAGCCAGGAUGCUGUUAUGCGCAAGCCGCUGGAUGAAAAGGCAGCCAUCAGUGCCUCUUCUUAA